GGCAUUGCUGGCGUCUCCCUCUCUUCAUGCUUAUUAUCCUUUUCCAUGGAUUUUACACCAACCUGCAGAACAGGAUAGGAGUUUAUCUCUGGAAACAGAUCAAGUACAAGCCACUGUCUGCUGCCCAAUGUGCCGCCAUCAAGGGCAUCCUGCUACACAAAUCAUUGAAAAGCAUCAGACCCAAGACCUUCAUGACAUAUGUGAGCGACCUCCAGAAAUGUCCCUGGGAAUACAACAAGCGGGAGGACAAACUGCUGAAAAAAGCGUUUAGGAAUUGCUGUAACGCGUCUCACUCCAUGAUCAUCAACCAGCAGAAUGCCCCCCUAGGGCAACAACUACAAUAUGAGACAAAUCCCAAGAUGGUGACAGUCAAUGAGAAAAUCUACAACCUCCUCCCAGAAACAUCGCCUUUCACCAAUAAACUCUUCGAUACUUGUGCAGUCGUUGGAAAUGGAGGAAUUUUGCAACACAGUUAUUGUGGAAGUGAAAUCGACAAAAAUGAAUAUGUGUUCAGGUUAAAUUUGCCACCUAUGACAUUAGCAGAAGAUAUUGGAACCAGGUCUGAUCUUGUCACUGCAAACCCAAGUAUCCCACUAAGAAGGUAUCAGAAGCUCCAAGAGAGUAGGAAACCAUUCGCUGAGCACUUAAAAAACUACGGCUCUGCAAUAUUUCUCUUACCGGCUUUCGCUUACGUCAGCAGUACGGAUGUCUGCUUCCGGGUAUUAUACACAGUCAGAGACUUUAACUUACCAAACCAAGUGGUGUUUUUCCAUCCGGAAUACCUGAAGAAUCUCUCAAUCUACUGGGGUAACAAGGGAAUAAGGGCCAAGCGUUUGUCUUCUGGGAUCAUGGUGGUUAGCGCAGCAAUUGAGCUCUGCAAGAAGGUCACCCUCUAUGGAUUUUGGCCAUUUCCUCAAGACCUUGAUGGAAACACGAUUCCUCACCACUAUUACGAUGAUAAAGAGCCCUCACCUGGCUUCCACUCGAUGCCUGAUGAAUUUUAUUUUUAUACACAGAUGCACAUAAAGGGGACGAUACAACUCAAAGUCGGGCAGUGCUCCUGA